AAUAUUGAAAAUUUUUAAAAUAAACCAAAAAUUUAGAAAAAAAGAAUUUACUAAUUUACAACAAUAGCAAGAUUAAAAACUCCAUUUAAGGAUAAAGUAGUUAUUUAAAUAAAAAUGUAUAUCUGCCAAUGGAUAUGCCCAAGGCUAUUUAUGCUAGUUCCAGUUGCAUUUACUAUAGAAAUAAUUAGUUUAUUUAGAUCUGGAGAAUAUAAAGAGUGUCUCAUAAUUUUUUUAGCUAUGAUGAAUUACAAUUUUUUAUUUGUAGUUAUUUUGAUGAGGUUUUUUACAAGCAUGAACUUUGAAAAUCUAAUGAGAUUAAGAAUAAAGAUGUACAUCAUUCUAGCAAUUAUAAUAUUUAACAUGAUAACUAUUUCUUAUGUAAUUACUUUAAAUUUUUAUGCUGUAUUACUAUUAUUUUUUGGAGAUUCGCUAUUUAAUGAUUUCUGUAAGCUAAAUUGUAUGAGUGAUCCUAAAGCAGCUAAGCAUGUUAUAUUAUUUAAUAUUAUUUUUCUACUUUCAGAUGUGACUUGGGUUUUAAGGGCAGAAAUAUUCUUCUUAAAGCAAUAUGAAAUGUAUAUACAUCCAGAAAGGUAUUAAUUCGAAUAAAUGUACUAUGAAAUGUAGAAUAUUGAAAUAGAAAGACCUUCUCUAGAUAGUUAAGAUUAUGAUUCCAAAAUAUCUUUGAGGGAAACUACUUGCUAAAUUUGUCUAGAAGAGAUAUAGAAAAAUGAUAAAGUUAUCAAGUUAAAAUGUACCCACAGUUUUCAUAGUGCUUGUAUAAGAGAUUGGAUCAAAAUAAGAGUAACCUGUCCUUCAUGCCGUAGAUCAAUAUAGUCAAAUAAAUUAAUUAUAUAAGAUAGUGAUUAAUAGGAAUAAUUAUAAUAGCAAGCUUAAUAAUAAAUCUAGCGAAAUGGUGAAUAAAAUCUAUUAUAAUAAUAGCAAAUUUAAUAAAAUGUUAAUUAAAAUCUUUAAAUUUCUUAAAAUUAAAUGAUUGCUCCAUAAAUGGUUUAUUAAGCAGUACAUAAUUAAUCGUAGUCAAAUAAUUAUAAUUAAAUUAAUGGCUAAAUGGGACAAUAAAAUUUAAUUAAUUAAAAUAACUAAUAGUAGAGAUAAAUAAAUAUCUAACACAAUGACAACAGCUCUUUGAUUAACUAAUAAAAUAAUAAUACUGAAUAAAUACUAAAUCAUCUAAAUUUAGAAUAACCUCUUUUAUGA